AUGGAUUCUGAUUCAUGGACUGAUCGUCUUGCUUCGGCUACGAGGAGAUACCAGCUAGCUUUUCCAUCACGCUCUGAUCCGUUCUUAGGGUUUGAAGAGGUAGAUGGAGAAGAAGAGUUCAGGGAAGAGUUUGCUUGCCCUUUCUGUUCUGACUAUUUUGAUAUUGUGUCUCUCUGUUGCCACAUAGAUGAAGAUCAUCCUAUGGAAGCCAAAAAUGGGGUGUGUCCGGUUUGUGCGGUUAGGGUGGGUGUUGACAUGGUUGCUCAUAUAACGCUUCAGCACAGAAAAUCAAGAAGAGGCGGGCCACAUUCCACGUUAUCAAUCUUGAGGAGAGACUUUCCUGAUGGAAACUUUCAGAGUCUAUUUGGGGGAUCUUCGUGUAUAGUAUCUUCUUCCUCAUCGUCCAAUGUAGCGGCUGAUCCAUUGUUAUCACCGUUCAUUUCGCCAAUUGCUGAUGGGUUCUUCACUUCAGAAUCAUGUAUAUCUGCAGAAACCGAACCUGUCAAGAAAACAUCAAAUCAAAGUUUACCUGAAAGGAAUGAGAAAAAGCCCUCUCUUUCAGCUGAGGAUCACAAGCUGAAGGUGAAAUGGAGCGAGUUUGUUUGUGAGCUAUUGAGCUCUACGAUUCUUGACGACGGCUUAUAA